GAUAUCCAACAUAUGGCGGUGAGCUACGAGUCCGAGGAUGAGACGAUGGGGAAGCUGCACGCGAGGAGUCGCAGAGGAACCGCACUGUACAGUAAACAGGACAUCCUCGAGCAGUACUGCAUCUCGGAGAGGGGACUCGGAGCGCUGGAGACUGAUCGCCGGAGCUUCUUCAGCUGUCUCUCCUCGCACCAGAUGUCCCCGUGCACCAGGUCCUCGAUCCUCACGGUUUGCGUACGACAGAAGGUCCCUUCCGAUGAGAAUCUUCAAGAUCUGUACAAGAGACCCGCAGCGUACGUCCCGUAUCCGAGGAAACCGAGAUGGGGUCCGCCGCCUCCGGAAAUUUACAACUACGACGAGGAUCUUAAUAGCUCCUACUUCCGGCGGAAAGGACACACCGAUGCCAGCACGUACCAAUGGAUGCCUUCCGACGACGAGUCUGUCCGCAUGGAGAGACCCAGGUCGAUACUGGACCAUCACAGCCACCAGAGCGGAUUACCAACUACACCUCACAGGACGAAGCACGUGAGUUUCGCAAGAUCGCACACGUUGACGUCCUUCGACGAUGCCGUCGUCUCCUUGGGUGCUUCCGCCAGCAAUCUCAGCAAAUCGGCGAGGAGCCAGGAGAGGCUGAUCGAUACCAGAAGAUCCCUGGACCGCAUCAUUCCGAUAACCAAGCAGCCGGAAUUCGCAGAGAACGUCGUCGUUAUGGAGAAACUGAUCCGCACUCCGAUGAAGACGCAGGCGACGCAGACGGAAGCGUGUCUGGGCAGAAAACCACUUCCCUCGAGUCAGAUCAACCUCAGUCCGAGAACCGUGCACAGGGUGAAGAUGGUUUCGCAAGGAGCGCAAACUAAUGGAAUGGUGAUCAACGGUAGGAAAUUGACUAAAUCGUUCAGCGAGGCUGGAAGCAAGUUCGAGGUUGCGGAACCGAUGGAUCAUGAACCUCUUCAGAGAACUUUAUCCGAUGAACCGCCGAGGUCGCCUUUCGUUUUGGCCUCUCCGCCACCGGAUUUGGUGCCUCCACUGCCGGCACUGAGUGAUUCCUCUUCGAUCACAAGAAGCGAACACGACUCGGAGGAAUCGGAAUCCAAGAAAGAGAUCUUCAUCGAUUUCAAACCGCAGAUUUCCGUGGGGAAAAAAGUUCUGACGAAAACCGCAUCGGACGGCGAAAUCUUGCUCGAUCAGAGGAAGAUACAGGGGGCCGCUGAAGUGCCUCAAACUUCGAUCAGCCACGACAAUAUUCUGGCCGUCGAGGACGAUUCGAACAUCGAGUACGCUUCGUACUUUAAGAGCACUCCGAUUAGGCACGAGGGAAUCUUCAAAGAUCUGGACGAUCACGUUUUCUCUUCGAUUGAUGAAUCUUACGAGGGAAACGGCGGUUUAUACCCGCAGGAUUCGAUCGAUGAGGUCUUCCACGAGAACUACAUCUACGAUGGGAAAUAUCUGAAGGUGGAGGGAUCGACGACGACGAGCGAGGAUCAGGAGGUGCGAAAGUCCGAAGAGGCGCCGGAAGAUGAGGGCGUCGUUCCGUCGUUCUACAUAGACAAAUCGCCGUUCGCGUCCAGCGACUCGUUAGCUAAUGAUUUAAGGUCAGUAGUGCCUAUAGUACACACGACACCCAUCAAAAUGCCACCGCCAUCUCCCGGGACCCCAAUCAAUUUACACGAAACAAACGACAAGAACAACAACAACAACAACCACGACCUUCUUGAUCCAUGCAAAUUACACCCGACAACCUGAACACUCCCUCGGCGACGCCCAAUUCAAAUUUAAACAAUCCACCGAUUAAUUACGCACACUU